CUACACUAUUUAUCAUAACUUUUGAACUGCCUCAAAUUGUGCCCUUGAAGGUUUAAGCGAAAGCGAAACCGAAACAAACAUGAAGAGGGCAAGGAUACUGCAAGACGACAGUCCGAUCAGGGUCAUCGCCUGUCUCAAAAAAAUCGACGACAUCAAACGUUUCGAGGAAACUGACGAUUGUUUCAUCCUAGGAUUUGAUCCUACCGACACUACUCCCAACAAAGACUCCGAUGUAAAAGUUUCCUCUAAAUCUCUCAACAAAGACGCCGAUGAUGAUAUCUGCGUUCUUGCUGAAAAGGGCAAGAUAGCUCUUAGAGAUUAUCCUCACUCUAGACAUCUAUGCCUCAAAUUUCCGUUCAAGACUACUCCUAGUGAAAGCUAUUGUGAGAAGUGCUACUGUUAUGUUUGUGAUUCUGCUGCUCCCUGUAUGUACUGGACCGAUUCCAGACAUUGCGCUGCGGAGAAUUCCGGUCGCUGGAAGGACAUGAGGAAAGUCAGAAAGACAGUUUAUUAAAGUGUGCAACUCUAUGUCUUUCAAGAAUCAACAUUCUCUACUAUUUGUGAAAUCAUAUUGAAAUAUCAAGAAAGUCUACAAAAUUGAAGUCUAUAGAAAAUAAAACUGAAGCAAUGAGACUGUGAAAACAGUAGUUCAAAAAUACUUGCAAUAAUUACAAAUAACAAACUAAGAGCAUAAUUAUCUGUCAUGUUUGAAGGUUCCUACACAGUUUUUUAGACAACUUUGUCAUAAUUCAAUGGGUAAUUGAAUGGAAAAGUUGUUCUUUAAGUUGCAAGCUUAUUACAGUGAACCACGGUUCUACAACUAUUUGCUUCUUUUAAUUUUAAUUUUGUAUAUUAAAAAUACCUAAAUUACAAAUGAGUGGUAUAUUGUGAGAUCC